UGAAUAAAAUACUGCUUAUCUUGAACUUGAACACAAACAUGGACGUGUAACUAGAUUCAACAAAAACCUGAAGGCGAUAAUGAUAUACGAUAGAAUGACAUAUUGUAAAGAAAUAACAAACAUCCAUAAAGUGUAUUCAAAAGCUGUCAGCAGAUAUUAAACUCAUGCAGGAUAAAUGUGCAUCGUAUAACAUGAAUUUCAAGCAUAUCACAGGAAGUUUAACUUUUGCUUGACAAUUCAACCAUUGGUUAAAUUCAAAUAUAAUAUUUAAAACGUAUCGAUAAUGACUGGUGUGUGUUUAUAUAUAUAUAUAAGUUUGUUAAAAAGCUAUAUACGGUUUAUUGUUUUGGAUGAGAAUCAUUUGUUCCAGGUCUGCUGUGGCUGCCACUUCCCCGGGAAUUCUCCAGCACGAGAUAAUGCACGAGUUAUCUGAUUAUGCACGGGGAUAUCUGACAUCCCAUCUUCAUUGUGAAAUCACAGAAACCGGCACCAGUUACCGAUACAAGGAAAUCCGAUGGUGAAAUAAACGCGGAAGUAAAUGGAACUCAAUAAGAAACUAAUUAACGAGUUAAUACAUUAAAUUUGUGCUUUUGCUAUAAUCAAGAUGGCAAAAAGAUAAAUACAAGAGCGGCUGUUUGAUUGUUUUGAAAUCUAGAUGCCGUUUGAUGAUUGGACUGACUGUACCUGGUUUUUGAAUUCGAAUCUCAGCGGGUUCCAGGAGAGAAAGUGAUAAAGAUUUUAUGAAAAUGAGCGUAUUUAUACAUUUAUAGUGUGAAGAUGAUACCUACAUGCACAUGUCAUACUCACCUGGCAGUGCCAAAAAACAUGAAUGUUUUGUAAAAAUGGAUUUUACCUAUCACUGUGUUAUGCCAUUGGCGUCGAGCAUGGAUGCAUAUAUGUGCAAUAAACGAGGUUGGAAUUAAAACUGGAUCGACGUUGACAUUUGAUACAGUGCAGUGCAUUGGAUUAAGUGGAUUAAAUGGAUUAAGCGGAUUAUUGGAUGCUAAACUAUGAUGGUUAAUGAAAAGCCAAAGCGGGUUGUUACCCGUGCCCCGAUAGGUAGUAAAGCUCGGGCAAGUGGAAACACUGUAGUACCGGUGGCAAGCAAGAACCUAGCAUCAGUUCCCAAACAGGUGAAUGUCGGCAAGGUCCGGAGUACUUGCCAGGAGAAAGAGAACUUUGCGUUAACGAAGACCACAGUGACAGGUAAAACAAAAGACCUGGGGCAGGCAAAGACUCCUGUUACUUUUCUUCAGACUAGGAAACAAGGGAGUGACAAUAAAUUGAAUAAAUCGGUCAGCGGUACGCGUGUAAAAGGAAACAAAGAACAAUGCAAGAUUGGAGGAAAAGAAACUAUAACAAAACCGGGGAAAAUGAUACAAGAUGUUGAAAACACAGAUUUAUCAAAUGUACUAUUGACUGGCCAAAUUACUGAUCAAGAUUUGACAGAUGAAGUCUCAGACAAAGAGGAAACAGAAACUACUGACAUACACUUGAACGAGAAGUCCCACAAUAUCAAUACAGAUACAAAACAAGAGAGCGUGACCUUGAAGUCAACCAAAAUAGUAUCAGAGCAUAAGCAAACAUCCACAGUUUUCAACCAUAAAGUUAUGAAACUAUCAAAAGAUACGUUGACAGUUUCUGAAAGAAAACCCCUUCUGAAUGGUAGUCAGGUUCCAAACAAUUGUGCCAGACGGGCCAGCAGGUCAAAGGUCGACGAUGGAGCUAGCAUUCCUAAAACAGACAGUAGUAUGAAUCCCGACGAACAUAUUACGUCUCGGGCAGCAGUUUCAUUGGAUAGAUCAACCUUGAACAAAAAUGAAAGGCUCAAUAAAAUGCCUAACAAAAUAUCACGCAUAUCGACUUCGAAAUCUGAAAGGAAAUUAAUUUCACCACGAGAUGCUGCACAUGAUGUGGCUCCAUCGGUGACUAUCAAAUCGACAUUGAAACGUGUGAAUAACAUUCCAAGCACAAAACACCGUGUGUAUUCAAAUGAUGUAAGUCCGAAAUUAAAAUCACCGCCAUUGUCAAUUUCGGUAAAAAAACAUAGUUUAAAGGUACAAAAAUCAUUAAUAGGCAACCAAAGUGAAACUGUGCAGUCAAGCAAAUCAGACGUUUCAAAAACGUGUGCUUCAAGGUCAAGAUCAUCUACACCAAGUUUAGGGUCAGUGUCAUCGAAAAGUAACUCUAGGUCCGAGUCCUCUAAACAUGGUUACGAUUCUACUUCGACACAUGUACAAAUCAAAACUGAAAACAAAAAUGCAAUUCAAAGUUCCAAGGAAACACAGAAUGGAAAUAAUACCAACAUCAAAUUGAGUGGUACACGGUUAAAAGUAAAAAGAACAAACGAACUGACUUCAAAAUCAACAUCACCAGUGUCAAGGGCGACAACUUCACCUGUUAAAAGAAAAACACAGACCGUGGGUAGUGCUUCCUCGUCAAGAUUUGGUUUAUCCCAGAUAAAACCUAUUGUUCAGAAACUAAAUAAAACUGAUAGUGCAGAUUUAUUGGGCAAACACGAGGCUACUCAAGUGAAGAAAAUGGCACAAGGUAAUAAAAUAAAAACUAUAGGAACUGCUGUUCGUCCAAAAGAAAGACAGCCCAUUGAUAAUAAAUUACCAACUCAGAGAAAAUCGUCUUUAUGUAAGACGUUAAUUAGUGAAAGCAAAUCCAAAGAGUUGUCAAAUAAAUUUCAAGACUCGAAAAAGCCAACCGAUAAUACUCCGAAAAUAGCGUCAAAUAAGUUCCAGAAGCCAAAAGGCUGUAAAAAUGGGGAAAACAGAGUGAAACAAUGUAACGGGCCAAUUAACCACCCGGCAAAGAUGCGCGCAGGAUCACCGAAAGUAACAGAAAAUUGCCAAAACAUGCGAGAGAAAAAGUGUGAAAUUGAUUGUAGUUCAAGAUGCAUUCCUAGUACACAGCAAGAAAAUAAAACUGAUAAAAGCAGUGAUAUUUUCCACGUGCAAUCGGUGGCAAAUCAAUCAUGCCAGGCGGAUAUACGUACAGAGCAAAAAAUCGACAAAAUACAAAAUAAAGAAGGGGAUUUUUUCACAUUUGGAUUACCAGAAUAUACAAUAACUGACAGUGAGGGAAGUAUUGUGAAAAGAAAAGAAACAAAUAAAUCAGUGUGUGAAACGCAUCAUAUAAAGAAUGAAGUUAGUCAUAAAACACUCAUUGUUGGUGACCUUAAAUCUGAGGUCAUAAACUAUGGCUUAUCAGCAUAUGGAGCAACGGAUCGUUUACCAGGUAAUGGACCGCAUCUGCUCGAGUGCAAUACAUGGUGCAACAUGGAGAAUAUACAUUCAAAUAACGGUGGUACUGAGAAACAAACAACACACAGUUACGAUUCGGUUGACGUAAUUAGUGCCAAUACUAAAGCAGCUAAUUUUAAUGUUUCAGAAGAUGUGCUUCCUGCUUGUUUUCCCAAUCAUUUAAUUGAUAUUGAGGCGCAUGCUAUAAACGGAAAUAAUACCGGAAUUGAUAUACACGGAGUGGAUGGUAGUAAGAUUCAAAUCAAACAGGAAUAUAACUGUUCAAAAAUGAAUCAAAAUGAGGAGAAUAUCUCUCAAUUUUCAUGCAGCACGUCGUUUUACGAACAUUUCAGCAAUUCUCACGCUAGCAUCGUUCAGGUAUGUUCACCCUGCCAAUCGGAUAAGCAAAGUGACAUAUUGACACACAAUUUACAAACUGUUGCUGUAACUAAUUCUAAGAGUGCGCCAGUUGAUGGAGAAUGUGCUGUGAAAUCAGGAGAUUUUAAAAUUGACGAACUUAUAUGCACCAAUGCAUUUCCAGGAACAGGUGCCGAAGACAUUCAAAGCGAAAAUAAAAGACAAGAUACUGAGAUAGAAUCGCCCCAUGGUGCUUGUUUACGUAAUACUUCUUUGUGCGGAAUAAAGACGAACGUUAAAGAUAAGCAUUAUGACUUUGGAUGUUCCGGAAGCCAGGAAAGUUCGGUAAAUAUUCUUAAAUACUCCGAGUUUCAAACAAACACAUGCAUAAAUAAAGAUAUGGAAAAUGUAUUACGUGAACGUUCUGGUGGACCCAUUGGAGCAGAGGACACGUAUGUCUGUUCAGAUUGUGUGUAUAAGGAUGCACCUUCAGUUUCACCUCAUGCUGUGGAAGACGUUGCGUCAACUCGCGUAAAUUCUCCCAUGUGUAUACAUGGCAUUGCCGAAAACGGGAAAAAUCCAAAUGUACAGGAUCGUUAUUUCGAACAAAAUGAAGCUGUCUCGCCAUAUACAGGUGACAAUAGUACAUGUGUAGAGAAUCAGAGUGUCUGUUUCACUUGCAACAGGGAGCAUUGUUUGUGUUAUUUGGAUUACGUUGCAGAUACAACGUUUGAAAACGCCGUUAGUGGCCAUUGCAGUGAAAUGCAUGUCUUAUCGAAUAAGCAAGAGCAAGCGAAAUAUGAUAUGGGUAUAGAUAAAAAACAAAACAGUAGCGAUUGUGUCAGGCAGGUGCAAACAGACGAUAGAGCUUGUGAUUUGUGCAACACAGCUCAUCGUAGUGGCCAAGUAAAUAGUUAUUGUACUGAUUGUGCUUGCACUUACAAUGAGCCAUGCUUGGAGAUAGAUGUUACCGAUGAAACAACAUCAAAAUCAAACAAUUAUCUUAAUAGCAUGGGCAUGAUUUUAACGUCCAACAGACCUUCUGUAGAAGAAAUGCCUGAGAAAUGCUUUACGACUGCUUUACAAGGUGCCGGAAUGUUAAUCAACGCAAAUGACCAGGAAGCUAUCAUUUCUUUCCCCGAGACCAUUUCCUCGCAGACGACAAAUGAUAAUGUCAUAAACAGUUCUCAUGAUAAUUCACGCCAUGACAAGCAUACAGGUGAAAGCGAUGCAAGUACAUUUGGACAUUGCCUUAAUAAUGAUAACACAAACAGCACAUUCCCCUUAGAUUAUAGAAGUGAUAAUGUUUCACAUUCCCAGAAAAAUAAUAUUUCUGCCAAAAAACUAGCCUUAGGAAAUUACUCACAGGAUCAAUUAAAAGGAUAUAAAACAGAUGGCGAUUUACCGUUGGAUGUAUUCAUUAAUGACUUUUCCGAGAAUCAACUCAUAUCAUUUGAAGGUAGUAUUGCCUGCUGCACAAAAGUUAAGGUAACUCCUGACUCCAUCUUGUGUCAUUGGACGCAAAACUCGCCUACAGAAGCUACCAAAAAUGAAGCAUUUAAACUACAAGUCGUAUUGCCGAAUAUGCAAUUGCCUAAAGAGGAGUUACAAGAAAAUCGAAUAAUCACUGUAAACAGAGAUUCGGUGAGAAGCAAUAAACACGACUGCCAGUUUAUAAAUGAUCAAUCUGUUUCUCCAGAAAAUUCAAAUUGCGAUGAACUGAUAAGCCCGAAUGAAAGCAACCAUUCAUCAGAGCAAAAUUCCCCACCAGUUGAGAAAACGUUGUGUACAUUUCAAAAUUUAAAAAAUGUGCAUAUUAAUAAGAAUGAGAUUCGUUCUGAGAAAUGUUCAUUAAAUGGUGCGGACAAGAAUAGCAAAGCUGCUCUGCCGAGUAGAUGGAAUAAAAAUGAGAUAACCGGUGCCAUAAAUACAUGUAAGGUAUCGCAGAAUCUUGAAAUAAACUGCUUAUCUGUAGUCUUUGAUGAAUAUGGAGAUAUACCACCCCCCGAUACUCAGUCACGUGACCCUGCACGCGAACAGGCGGCUCCCCGUGCUAUCCAGCAGGUCGCCGGUGCGCUGAAUGUGGAAACUCCGGACAAGAAAUCCUUUAAAAAUAAUAAUCUUGAAACAUAUCGAGAUGCGGCUUGCGAUAAGAUGUCGGGCUUAUCUACCGUUAAAAUUACUACACAGAAAAGUAGCUGUAAUCAAGUGUUUUCAGAAACUUCCAUCCCAUCGAGUGAUUUCAUACAGCGAUAUGAAGAGCCGGAAAAAAAAUUGAACCGGCAGAAACAUUUGACUUCUUUGAACGGACCUGGUACUUAUACCUCGAAUUUGCAGACAGUGCAUGAUUUGUGUAAUUCGGAAAAUAAUCGUGACGGAGAUAUCAAACAGAAGGGAAAAUUAAAUAAUUUUUCGCUGCAACUAAAGCCUACGGAUGAAACAGAUACUGGGCAGCAACAGGAGGGUUGCAAACAUAAAUGUGUGUGUGAAAACAUUCAUGUAAAUUCUGGAAAUGAAGACAUAUUAGUUCAAAAUUCGGUUUUGCAAGAUGGAAUUUUGUGUACAAUUUGUGCUGGAUAUAUUUGUAAAGAAAAAUACAUAUCUGGUGAUAAAAUUAAUAGAACAGAAGUUCAGGAUUUAUCAGAUUGUGUGCAUGGUUCUUCCGCAGAUUUUUUAAAUCAAGCAGACUCCAAAUUAAAUUUCGAUAACCGAGAUAUUUCUAAAAACACUGCCGAACCGGCAUAUGAAAACAACGAUUCUCUCAGAAAUGUAUUGACAAAAGAUAUUCUAUCCAAACAGGAACUCCAAGUGAAUUUAAAAACUGUGUCUCGACAAGAUAGCCCAAAUUCUGCAGCCGAAAUUGAAUUGUGCAACAAUGGUGACACAACAACAAUUAAACAAGAGCGAUUAAGUGUCAUUAGUAACAGCUCGUGUGUUUCGGAUUCUUCUGAACAAUUUGUCGACGCAUUGGACAUUUUGGAUGGUAUUGCAGGCCCAAUACAAAGCAAAGCUCACGACAUAAAUGUAACAACCGGUGCUUAUCUAAAUAGUGAUAUUAAUUCGUAUGUCGAAUUGUGUACUCAAAACCUCGAUCUCCAUCACAACCAAUGUGUUCAACAUAUAGCGGAAAAUAGAGGUUCCAUAUAUGAUACAACGUCUACACAGUCAUAUUUAGCAAUAAAUGAUAGAAGUGUAUCCGUUGAAAGUUUUCAGGAUGCUGUCGAACAUCUAGACGACGAUUAUUUAACAUCGAUCAAAAGCCAGAAAUCUCUGACAGAUGUUGAUGACGAUAAUGAAGAAGUUUUGUCACAAACUUCAUCAUUUGAUUCAAGCGUUUCGCCGUCAUUUAAUGAUUUGUCUGAGUGGGAAGAUUUUGGUGACGAUUUAGAAGAUAUUAUAAGAUAUGACAGUGCAAUGGAACGUGAAAUUAAGGCUAAUGAUAGGUUAACAAACGUGUACAUAGCUUCAUGUCCGGCACAAAAUGCAUCCGUGGAUAAUGCAUCUCUAAAGCUUCCGAUUACUCCCAGUUAUAUCAGAAGAUGUUCUCAGAUAGGAACUAACGUUCUAAGAUCAAAUGCUAUCAACAAUGAACCUGAACAAAAGGGUAUCAAGGAUGCUAUAUUUAAAACAGGAAAUGGCAUGUUGUCUAGAGAGAUUUAUGGCGCAGACUGCUCAGAUGAGAAGAAUGAUGGUUCAAGUGAUAAACUGCAAGAUAACGGCGACAUUGCAGACCAUGUCAAGUUUGUCCCACCACUUACUAUACGUGGUGACAAUACAAAGGAUUCCUCGACCAAAGCAAUUUACGGAGUGAAUUCUAAAAUAGAAACUGCCUUGAUAAAACGUACACAGCGUCGCCGUAGAAGACAGGUCGAGAGACAAAUUCAACAUUUAAAGAACAAUGACGCACAAAUAAACAUGUCACCGCAAAAUGAUAAAACUUGCAGCAAAGAAGUUGCGCAUUCUCCAUCGGAAAUUUCACGGGACAAUGGUUUUAUUGAAGACCCUGAUAAGCCAAAUUCCACACAUUCUAUGAUAGCCUGCACGAGAACUGAUAAGACAACAGCUAGUAAUAAAACAGAACACGUUUAUGAAACAGAAUCCUCGCAUGAUAACUCAAAAUUAAAUAUAGCACAGCUUCAUUUUAAUCAAUCAAACGUUGAUAAAAAUAAAUUAACGCUAGAGGAAACAACGCCGGUUAAGGAGACUGUGUUGCAUUCAGGCAUGAAUUGCAAAUCAAUAGAAUAUACAUCAAACGAAUCACACGUAACAAACAAUGAAUCGGAUAGUAAUUUGCAUCUAGAUAAUAACAGCAAACAUACUAGUGUUAAAAGACAGGAAAGUGAAUUUGAUGAUAUUAAAUUUAUUGACGCAGACUCGGAUGAAAAUCACACAACCAAUAAAGAAAUGUCUGAAAAGGAUGAAACGCCUUCUCCAAACAUAACAUAUACUCUGACAUAUGAAGAAACUUCAACAGAUACGUUUACAUAUGAAGUUGUACAUAAUGACAAAAAUGAAGAUACAGGCAUUGAUGAAACUCAUGAAAAUGAAAUACUAAAUAAAGAACACAUUGGCCCAAUACAAAAUUCUACAAUGUGGUCUAGUAUUACAGAAGAAAGAAGUAAACCCGAUCCGAUAGAAACGAACAGAAAACAUCACGAUGAUGAUGAGGAUGAUGAUGAUGAUGAUGAGGAUGAUGGUGUGAGUAGAAAAAAGCCCAUCCAAGACAAACAAACAACCAACAAUGAUAUGUUUACUGAAACUGUCAAAUAUAUUGGAGUGCUUAUCGAACCGCAGUUUCAAAAUAAAAUUAAUGGAAGCAAUGAAGUGCCGCUCAAACAAACUGAUAGUGACAUACAUGAAAAUGACGAGUUAAAGGAGGAGCAUAAAAUUGAUAUAUGUGAGGAGUCUAAUAUAUCAGUAGCGCAUGCUUUAAAGCUUGAGAGACAAAAGAUGGGUUCGUCUGAUGAAAGAAGUCGAAAGGGGAUAUUCUGUAAAAACAAACCUGCUCGUAGACUAACCACUGACAAUAUUGUCGUCUUUGCGACUGACAAAAAUGACGAAACCUCAUUAAAGCCAGAUGUACGCUCACUCAAAAAAAGUACUAGUUUCAGAGUUGAAAAGAAAGAUAUCACUAGUCGUUCAGUUUCCCCGUCCGGACAAGACGCAGACGAACUUCUUCGUCAGAAAAAGGUAUCAGACAUGUGUCUAAAAUUUAUGACAAAAACAAGGUCGGCCGUUCAACGGACAAAAGAAGAACCACCGCCUACAGUUCCUCCUGUUCCAAACAGAAAGUUAAUGAAAUGGGUCAAUGCUAAUGGUAAGUGGAUGCGAAUACCCGUAGAUGAUGUGCCCGAGAUAGUUCACCAAAAGGAAAAAAACAUGCUUGAAAAUGAAAUAAAAACGAGCGAAGUUUCUUGUAAUGAGAAACAACCUGUAUGUGAUAAUUGCAUACAAACUGUAACAAUAGAUACUGGUGGGACAGAUACGAAUUCUAAAUCAAGUACACAAGUUGAAGACAGUGAAGACGCCGAAUGUACCAAGGAAAAGCUUAACAAAAAUACGCAUACGUUGUCGCGCAAAAUGACGGACUGGUCGGAAAUUAUCAUUUCUAAUGAUACUACAAUUACUAAUGUAACUGACGCAGCAAUUACAGCAAAAGAAUCAGAAGAUUAUCUUCAGAGCAAAGCCGUAUUAAAUUAUGAACAAAACCCGAGUAUGCACAACAUUAAAACUGAGGAUACCAUAAAACAUUUGCAUACAUCGGAUAAAUCUAGUGUAAGCAAAGCAGAAAACAUAACAACAUGGCCAGAUCAAAGUGUGCCUCCAGUUUCAACCGAGAAGUCACAAAUAACCCCUGAAAAUGUCGAAAAUCAACCAAAGAUAAUUGGAACGGUACUUGACGAGCAAAACUGUGGAACAGAGAGGCACCAGAUACGGCAGGAUAUGCUGUUAGGUUUACUAGAUAGUUACAACAGAAGAAAACCAAGACGAUUUUCAAGAACUAGUGACGGUUAUAUGAGUCCUGUCACUGAAAAACGUGUACCACUUGGUGACUCGAACUUAAGUUAUAAUACCUCUGAAACAACACGCAGUGACGCCGAUAUAAGUACAGGUGUUGACAUAACCAAUACAAAGCCUACACCAAAGCUAACAGCAGUUAAAAUCCAGGAGGAAAUAUAUGAAAGCAGGCCUACCAAUGAGCUCAGCUUAACCAAGGCUAGGUCAAUGACGCUCCCAAUUCGGAAAUCAAAGACGUAUGCUGGUUUUGGUUUUUUGGAUAGCCAAAAAAAGGAGUCGGAUGAGCUAGACACUGCUAGCUCAGAGACUCAGAGACUAGUGCUGGACACCCCAAAUGACCACGAUGAUGACGAUAUAAAAGUCACAUUGAGGGCGAAGCCUCCCGACUGGGCUACCAGACAACAACAGCGACACAUGCUGUUGUCUGAGAUUGCUGAAGUGGAAGAACAGAAGGAUGACCUGACGUCUUCAUUGCCACACAAACACCACCACCUCAAACAACAACAGCAGCAGCAGCAGCGGGGCAGAGAGGAGAGGCUUAAAGGACAGACCCAGCUGACCAGGGGACACAAGAGACGCAGCCUUAGUCUGCCCACAGGAUCAUUAGCGUUUGGUGAUGCGAGGAUUGUGUACAAGAAUGGGCAUUUUACCUUCGAAACCAUGGAAACAGAUGAGAAUGACCUUGAGCAGACCGGACAGACUGGUUCACAAGGUUCAAGCAGCAAUGUGAAUAGGCCUGAAACCAGUCAGGAAGAAUAUCAAAGGGGAACAAGUCAGUUUUUGAAAAGUCAAUCAAGGGAGGUUACUGAGAUGCACAAUAAGCCCCUGAGAAGGCAGUAUGGGAAAACCAUUCUAAGCAGUGGGGACAGUCACGAUGAUGUGUUUUAUAACAGUGUAGACCAGUCAAAGUGCUUUAAGAGUGAAAACAGUCUUACAAGUAUGGGUCAGUCUAAGAAAGCUGCCAUGAAUGAUUCAUGUUCAAGUCGGACUUCGGAUGUAUCAACUGUGAGUUCAGUGUCAGAGCACAUGGAUAUAAGCACAUAUAAUGAAUCCAUUUCAGAAUAUCAAAAGCUAAGUAGCUCGAGCCUCCCUGAAGUUAAAGAUGAGGAUGUCCGGAGAGUGAUGCAGCGAGCCAAGCGGACAUCGAGUUUCCGUCAAGCCCAGGAGGUCGGAGCUCUCAGACUCUCCGGAAUAGAGGAGGACAAGGUGCAUAACUCUCACUCACAAUCAGAGUCUAUGGACGAGAGAAGACACUCUGAUGGAUCCAAGUCACCUAGUGUUCAAAACCAAAACAGUUCUACUUUUAUUAAAAAAAUGAUGUCAAAAAGAAAAACUGCCAACGAGAACCUCAGCUUGAAUGCAUUUACAAAACAAAGUGAAUCUGCGAAGGAUUUUUUCUCAAAGAAAAUGACUCUAAAAGGUUUAUUUAAGAAGAAUAAAUCAGAGUCUUCUUUGGGCACUGCUAGUCCAGUGAAAACCGAUUACCCAGCCACACCCCCAAUAGCGGUUUUCCAGGAUGACGAUAUUGACAGUGCAGAAACCCCUCCUAGUUCUCCGUUCGUGAAUCGGGAGUUUCGACGUCGGCACACUUCUGCCGAUAUUUACCGCUCUAAGCCCCACCCUGAUUCAACUGAGACAGAUUCUAACUGCCCAACUCCAACACAGGAGAGAAGCGUCCUAAAACUUUCUAUAUCCACCCCAUCUACUCCUGUGCACGAUUAUUCCAGUAACUUGUUAAAUGGAUUAACACCUAGCAGUACAAGGAGUUUUAGGGAUGAGGAUUCUAUGAGUGUAACGUCAGUCAGCAGUGCAACAAGUAGUGUGCAAUCGCCUCCAACGGAACAACCAAACAAACCAAAGACUCCAAAACCUGUUGGGGCCUCACCAAGGCGUAAUCCUAGCCUUUCGCGAAUGGGGUCACAAAGUUCAAUGAAAACGAGAAACAAUUCUUAUAACAGUUUAGAGUGUGAUGUUAACAUUGAGGAAUUUAAAUGUGAGUGUGAACUUAGAACAAUGACCCUAGGUCGAAGACGGAGAAAAUCAACGAGUCGUCUCGAAAGUCGUGGGUCGUCCGACUCAUUAACAAUAUGCCAAUACUGUAAACUCUUGCAGUCUGGUGAUGGUAGUGCUAAAUCUCUGGGUAAACAGAGGAAGCAAUCAUUUUCCAAGGACAGGUCAGACAGUGGUAGAUCACGGAAGGACUCCGCUACACGUGGAAAUUACGACAGACUCGGGAUUAUGCUACAGACUGAAGUGGCAUCCAGUAACAGUAACGACAGCGGCAUACAGCGAGACGCAAGUCUACAUUCUAGCAGUGACAGCCUCAAGGCGGUUGGUGAAGGAAAAAUACAGAGCCAUCGGGACCCGUCCUCAUCCCCGCUCCCAGACCGAGCUCAAAGGUCGGAGGUUGGUGUGAGAUGGGCAGAUGUUGAGGAUUCAGGGGACACCACUCCCAUUGUGAUGCGGGCUCACAGGUUCCGGGACAGGCCCCGCCCACAAUCUGAUAUAGAGGACAAUAUACAACUAUUUGAUGAGCUGUUUGCCGAGGUUCUCCAGGAGUUUGAGUCAGCCGGCAGUUCGUUCCUGUCAGAGCGUGUGAGGGCGUUCGGCAGCGAGGUGAAUCUCCAGCCAUACAGCUCACUUCGAAACCUGUAUGAGAUGAGACGCCGUGAUCUCGAUAAACAGAAGAACAGGAGGAUGUCCACACCUCAUCCAAUUAAAUCACGGCUACAGCGGGCACCAAGGCGACUACAGAAGCAGCUCCCAUUGGUCAGAUCUAGCAGUAUGCCAGAGAGUCUGGACAAGCUACACAAACGACGCAAACUGCACCAUUUGCUUGACUUCCACAUAGACAGUCACCUGGAUGGGUCAGGCAGCCUGUCGUCAGACUCAGACCUGUCGUUUGACCAAGCCAGCCUCCAGGAGAAGUCUCUCAGUGUGCGAUCUUCCACCAGCCAGCUCACCAACAUGGAGGAGGAUGAGGAAGGCCUGACAUACGCUGAGGCAUUAUGGGACCACAUCACGAUGGACCCAGAGGAGCUAGCAUUCCGCGCGCAGGACGUGAUUGAGGUUCACGAUAUGGCCGACAAGGACUGGUGGUUUGGGGCGAUCGAAGACAGAGAGGGCUGGUUCCCUGCAGCUUUCGUCAGGUUGCGUGUGAAUCAGGAAGAAGUGGAGGAGGAGGAGAUGGAAGUGACAAUGGUCCAUGAAACACUCCUCGCCAGCCCAAAACUCCGCCGCGUCUCCAUGCUCAACAAGAACCAGGCACGCACUAAUGUUGUCAACGAGAUCAUCAAUGCUGAACGAGAAUAUGUCAAACACCUGAGGGAUGUUGUGGAGGGCUAUAUAGUUCAUGCGAGGAAGCGUACGGAGAUGUUCGGGAAUGAGAGGAUAGAGCUGAUAUUCGGCAACAUCGAGACUAUAUACGGGUUUGCCCAGAAGUUUCUCCAGAAGCUGGAGAUGUGUUUUGAUGUGUGUCCACACCUUAGUGAAAUUGGACAGUGCUUUCUCGACAAUCAUCGUGGUUUUGAGAUUUACUCUGACUACUGUAACAAUCAUCCCUCUGCCAGUGAAGAACUGAAGGACCUAUGCAGGGAUUCAAAGUACAAACACUUCUUUGAGGCAUGUCGGCUGCUGCAGGACCUGGUGGAGAUUCCCCUGGAGGGCUUCCUGCUCACCCCUGUACAGAAGAUCUGUAAAUAUCCCCUCCAGUUGGCUGAACUCCUCAAAUACACCCCACCAGACCAUGCCGAUUAUAAGAAGGUGAGUGAAGCUUUGUCAGCCAUGAGGAAGAUAGCCACCCUGAUCAACGAGCGCAAACGGAAGAUGGAAAGUAUAGAGAAGAUCGCAGCCUGGCAACAAUCUGUUGUUGACUGGGAGGGUCCUGAUCUGUUGGAGUGUAGCUCAGAGCUGAUAUUCUCCGGGGAGCUGACUAAGGUGAACACUGCAGGAUGGGCACAGGAGCGAUCAUUCUUCCUCUUUGACCAUCAACUCAUCUACUGUAAAAAGGACCUAUUGAAGCGUCAUGUGUUCAGCUAUAAAGGCCGUAUAGACCUCGAUCAUUGUGAUAUCACCAGUGUUGAGGACGGGAAAGACCCCCAGUACAGCACAGUGGUAAAGAAUGCGUGGAAGUUCCAUGAGACAGAGAAGGACAAAUGGUACCUUGUGUCUGCCAAGUCACCUGCGGGCAAGGAGCGCUGGCUCAAAGCCAUACAGGACCAGAAACAACGCGUACAAGAGGACCAGGAAAAUGAUUUCUGUGUACCUGACCACUGGAAACAGACUGUGUUGAACAAAGUGCGAUCUCAGUCUCAUAUAAAAGACAAGCAUUCCCGACGACCACUACACAGCCAGUCUUCCCUGCACAAAGACUUCAAGGAAUCAGGAUUCUCCACGUUACCACGGCAGCGACACCACUCCACCGAUAAACAUGACAAGAAGAGCUUCUGGAGCAAGUUUGGUGGAAAAAAAACAAAGAGAUGAUAGAAAUUGAGAGGGUUUAUUCAGGAACCUUUCUCAAACUGUGAUUUUGACUAUUUGACUGAUGAAAAUCCCAAUAAUGUUAUUGGUGACUUAUCCCCAUAGCGUUUUUGGUACGGACAGUCUGAAAAGUGCUAUUGUUAGGUACUCCCAAUAGUGCUAUUUCUAAAAUUUCUAAAGAAUGUGUUGGGGUCUGGAAAUGAAAUGAUGGUAAAUCCAUAAGUUGAUACUUAAAGGUUGGAUCUUAGCAAGGAUGCCAGUAUGCUCAGAUUGGAACAGUUGGUUGCUCUUAGUUUGGUCAACAAGAUGUCACAACAUCAAAACUUUUAGGGUAAACAAUGCCAAUUCAAAGUGGGAUUUAAAUCUAUUGUUGUUCAGAUCUGAUUAUGAAGAUCUGAUUCAGUUUAAAUGAAACAAUGAAUGUACAUUUGAGAAUCAAGCUAGGGUGUAUGGACUGUAAGUCUAUGGAAUAAUUAUACUACUGUUGUGCAAUAGUUGUAAGAUAUGCUUAUAUAAGCAUAGGUUCAGAAGUUAUAUGCGAAUUUGGUUUUAUCGAACAAAUUGCACAUUUGAAGCAAAGAACAAAAAAGGACAUACAGAAAAAGAUCUGUGAUAAUAUUGAACGGAGCUACAUACAGGUCUUGUUAUGUAGAGGCAAGAUCAGGCAAAUACAUGAUUUCUGUGUGGUAACGAGUAUCACACACUAUAACAAUUGUUACCUUAUAAAUGUACAUAUGAAUACAUGUACCCACACUGGUUCUGGUGUGUUCGUGGUAACAUUGUGAAACCUUUCGCUGGUUUAAAGGGGCCUACAGUGUAUAAGUGAUUAAUCUUUUAUGCUCAUAUGUUAAUCUUCAUGAAUUGAUAUUUUGUAUGCUAUGACUAAAAGUGCAAUAUAUAUAAAUACUUUUAAUAAUUAUAUUCAUCUAAAUUUGAAUAGCUGUGUAGGAUCAAGCUGAGCUGUCUUAGGAACAACUCAAUGUAUUGUUCGCUUUCUUACCCUAAAUAGUUAUUUUAAAAUAAUAGCUACGAAAUUAAUGUUGUAUUGAUUUUUCUAUAACAUAACACUUAAUAUUUUCUGAAAAUUUAAAACCUAAUAGUGUGUUAUGUAACAAAAUUCAAACAAUUCCUUGAAAUUGAUUGGCCUUACUUAAUUCACUCAAUAUGGAAGUUUACAAUCAUAAUACUUAUAUCAUUACUUAUAAAUAUUCAUUUCUUAUAAAUGUCAUACUAGUAAAUGAUAGGAUGUUGCUUAAAUAUUUUUUCAAGUGUGAAAAUUUGCAUAAAAAUGAUAUGAUAUCUGAAACAUUUAUAAUGGUAAAUAUAUAUCACUUGGUACUGCUGGAUCACUGAACUCCUGUGAGUUGUCUCCCAUGUACUUUAAGCCAUGGCGAGCAGCUGAUUCCCAAUCAUUACUAAAGCUGUCACUGAUGUCCACUGCCAAUCAUUGAUAUUUGCCAUAGUAUACUUGAUGUUGUAUUGAAUUUGUACAUUUGGCUGCUGACUGUGUUUUGACUUUGUAAGUAUCUUAUAUCUAGUGCAUGUAUUUAUUUGUAUAGAGAACCUAUCUUGCAUAUGCAGGAUUAAUGUUACCAUUAUCAUGUAAGUUGUUGUAAUGAUGCGUUAUAACUGAGUCAUACUCAUGCAAACAAAAUAAAUAAUAAAACACUAAAA